AUGGCUGUUGAACUCGUCAAAAUCGGAAUUUCAUUGAAAAUGCUACCAAAUAACAGUGCUGUGUACUUCAAAUCGGACGGAGCGAGAUUUGGCCAAACCAGGACGAUUAAAUUGCUAACGGGGUCAAAGUACAAGAUUGAAGUGGUUGUCAAACCUGGGGCUGUGGAGGCAACCACCAUGAGUGUAGGUGGAGUCACAUUCCCCUUGGAGCAACAGUCUAGAGACCCCCAGUGUGUGGUCUACACUGGCGUCUACGACACAGAGGGCGUGACACACACCAAGAGCGGAGACAGACAAGCUGUACAGAUCAGCAUACAGUUCCCAGAGGUGGGCUCUUUUGAAGUGGUGUGGCAGGUGAAGUACUACAACUACAACAAGAGGGACCACUGCCAGGGGGGCAACAGUUUCAACAGCAUCGAGUACGAGUGCAAGCCCAACGAUACACGCAGCCUGAUGUGGGUCAACAAGGAGCUGUUUAUCUGAUGGUACCAACCAAAACAACACAGGCAGCAUCAGGGUUGUGUUCAUUAGGCACAAAACGGGAAGAUAACAGUGAAACUGCUACGACCUGUAAUUAGCCAACAGAAAUGCCUGUUUUUUUGAUUUCCCGUUGCAAAAUGUUUUCCUACGAUGUGCCCUAACGAACACGACCCAGAUGAACA